AUGAUCGCUCUCUGGCUGUCCGGUCAAUGGACAAAGGACAACGGUAAACGCAUGACGGCUAACGACAUUCGUAAAGAAUGCCUGCCGAGAAUAUCGAAGCUUACUCACAGGUGCUGCGUCAAAGUCCAGAGCGCAUAUCUUCCCAACACAUCUUGGGACAAGACAUCCUUCACAGAGCCGGACAUCUCCUCUUACAAUUGCUUGGAGAUCAAGAAAGAGGUAUUCAUUAUUUCCAUCAAGCCUGACGGCUACCUCAAGGGUACUGAGCUGACUCUGCAGAAACCCACCGCGACCGAACCAGAGAUAUACUCUAUAACUUUGCCACCUGAUGCUCUAAGCGGCAAAGUAGAUAGAGAUGGCCUCGACAAAAUCUGUGUGGAGAUGGCAAAUGCCACCUUUGCGCCGGAGAAAUGGUGGGAUACCUUCUACCCAGUGUUCAAAACCAAGUUCCUGGACCACAAUGACCUGACCAAAAAAAUUCCGGAGACUUGGGAUCGCAAUUUCGGGGUGUAUUGUCAACAUUUCAUGGGAUUUCGUCUUUCGAAGAAAAACCCGGACACCCUUGUCCGGGUCGAGUCCAAUUCCAUGAACAGCGUCGACAUCAAAAAGGCAAUUGCGGAAUUCGCCAAACAAGUCCAGGCGGCGCUAAAACAGGUUUGA